UCUGAACCAUCUCCCCAAAAACACUGAAUGUAAACAAACCAAGAUGGUGGAUCUGGCUGUCGGCACGUCAGCUGCCAAAUGAUAUAGAUAUUUGCUUUGAACAGACACAGAAGAAAAGAAAUCAAGAUGAAUGUGGUUCUGGCUGUGAAGCAGUAUGUCACCAAGAUGGUUGAUGACAGUGGGCAGGGCAUGAAGGUGCUACUGAUGGACAAGGAAACGACAAGCAUUGUGAGCAUGGUUUAUGCCCAGUCAGAGAUCUUACAGAAGGAGGUGUACCUGUUCGAGAGGAUUGACUCUAGUGCAAGAGAAACAAUGAAACAUCUAAAAUGUGUAUGCUUUUUGCGGCCCACAAAAGAAAAUGUUGACCUUCUUCAACAAGAGCUACGGUCACCAAAAUAUGGAUUAUAUUUUAUUUAUUUUUCAAAUGUGAUAAGUAGGCAGGAUGUCAAGGUAUUAGCUGAAGCAGAUGACCAGGAAGUUGUAAGAGAAGUCCAGGAAUUCUAUGGCGACUAUGUAGCAGUCAGUCCACACUUAUUUUCUUUCAACAUAGUAGGCCAUUGUCAGGGCAACAACUGGGUGACCCCAGCUCUGACCCGCAGUGUCCAAGGCCUGACUGCAGUGUUGCUAUCUUUAAAGAAAUGUCCCAUGAUACGCUUCCAGAAUUCUUCUGAGAUGGCGAGGAGAAUGGCAGACAAUGUUAGGCAAGUGAUAUCAAAAGAAGCUUCUUUGUUUGACUUUCGAAGGACAGACGUCCCACCAGUUUUACUCAUAUUAGACAGAAGGGAUGAUCCAGUCACUCCACUGCUAAAUCAGUGGACGUACCAGGCCAUGGUCCAUGAACUCCUAGAAAUAAGCAACAACCGUAUUAGCUUGGCCUCAGUCCCAGGCAUAAGUAAAGAAUUGAAGGAAGUGGUGCUCUCUGCUGAACAUGAUGAAUUUUAUGCCAAUAAUAUGUAUGCCAAUUUUGGUGAAAUAGGAGUUAAUAUCAAAACCCUAAUGGAAGAGUUCCAGAAGAAAUCUCAGGGCCAGUCAAAAGUGGAAUCCAUACAAGACAUGAAGGCAUUUUUGGAAAACUAUCCCCAGUUUAAGAAAAUGUCUGGCACGGUUUCCAAGCAUGUGACAGUAGUAGGUGAAUUGAGUAGACUUGUUGGUGCUCACAAUUUAUUGGAAGUAUCUGAGACUGAACAGGAACUGGUCUGUCAAGGUGAUCACUCACUGGCACUUCAGAAAAUCCGCUCACUUUUAGCCAAUGACAAUGUGAGAGAUAUUGAUAAACUGAGGCUGGUGAUGUUGUAUGCUCUUCGGUUUGAAAAACACAGCAACAAUGAUGUGACAGGACUGGCAGAUGCACUGGCAAAGAAAGGAGUGAGUGAAAAGUUGAGAAGGAUGGUUGGUGCAGUGGUGGAUUAUGCAGGCAGUCGUGUUAGAUCCAGUGAUUUGUUUGGGAGUAAAGAUGCCAUUACUUUUACAAAGAAAUUUUUUAAAGGUCUCAAGGGUGUGGAAAAUGUAUAUACACAACACAAUACCCUCCUCCAAGAACUCCUUGACCAGUUGAUCAAAGGCAGACUUAAGGAGGCCAGUUACCCAUAUGUUGGACAAGCACAGUUGAGGGACAGGCCACAAGAUAUCAUUGUGUUCAUGAUAGGUGGUGCUACAUAUGAAGAGGCCUUGGCUGUGCAUAACAUGAACAAAACCAUUCCAGGAGUCAGAAUAGUCCUUGGAGGCACCCACAUACACAACAUGAAGAGCUUUCUAGAUGAGAUUACCCAUGCUACUUCUGGUGUAUCAAGGCAUACUUCUGGCAGGAGGUGGUAAAAGGAAACACUACAGAAGC